AUGUUCCACUUCGGGCAUGCGAAGGCCCUGGAGCAGGCGAAGAAGUCGUUUCCGAACACCACACUCAUUGUGGGCGUGUGCUCGGACCGCGACACGCGCGCGUACAAGGGCAAGUCCGUCAUGAACGAGGCCGAGCGGCUGGAAAGCGUGCGUCACUGCCGGUGGGUGGACGAGGUCGUGGAGCCGUCCGAGGUGCCGUGGGUGAUCAACAACGACUUCCUCGACAAGUACAACAUCGACUACGUCGCCCACGACGCGCUGCCGUACGCGGACGCGUCGGGGCAGGCCGGCGGGGGCGACGUGUACGAACCGCUUCGCAAGAUGGGACGCUUCUACGAAACGCAGCGCACGGAGGGCGUCUCCACGUCGGACCUGAUCCUGCGCAUCGUGCGGGACUACAACGACUACGUCAUGCGCAACCUCAAGAGGGGGUACUCUCGGUCUGACCUGAACGUGUCGUGGAGCAGGGAGAAGAGGCUGCAGGCCUCCGAGAACGUACGUCAGCUGUCGAGGCAUGUCCGGGAGCAGCAGCGGCUCGUGGGCACGCGCCUCGAGGCCAUGCGGAACGGCAUCCUCGCGAACAUGAACAAGAUGGCGCGCGGCGGCGAGGAGCUGGCAGGAAAGAUGAUGCGGGGGGACAUGCAGCAGGAGGUGGCGCAGCGGGCGAACACCGCGAUGAACGGCUUCGUGAAGCAGUUCGAGCGCAACUACCAGGCCCUGGAGUCGUUCGUGUCGCAGACGAUCAGCCGGAUGGCACGCCGCAGGGCGCGCGAGGCGGACUUGGAUGCGGGCGCAGCCGCGGCGGACGAGGCGCCGGAGGGCGAGACGCCGCCGCGCGUGUCGACGAGCUCGGACGACGUGCCGUCGUCGGACGCGAAGGCGGAGGAGAACGUCGUCGUCGGCGCGGUCGCUGCGGGGCGGCGCGCGGCGCGCGGCCGCGCGGCUUCGGCGCCCGAGGUGGCGGCGUUCUAG